GAGGCCGGAUUUGUCGACAUCGGUCUGCUACACAGUAUUCGGGGAAUCAUUGGGGAACAAUGAAUGUGCCAAAACUUGACAUUCGCGCUUUUGUCGACGCAAAUAGAAGACUCUGACGACGCAGGUGCACCACUCCGGAACUGAAAGCUGCAGAAUGUCUGCCAGAAUGUCAAGGAGUAUGGUCCUAUGGGCGCGGUUUACGUUUCGUUUUACUGGCUGUUCUACCUGCGUUCGCUUGUCGUCCGUUGAGGCGCCAAGGGCAGUGACCUGGAACGAUGUCUCGACAGCUUUGCGUCCCUUCUACUUCAUUGUGCAUCCUGACAUGUUCUGGAAUCAUCCUGCUGAAAAACAGACAAACGAGAACUCUCUCAAGCAACUCAACGCAUAUAUAGAGUCUCUGUUGCAGAAGCAGACAGCGAGGCCAUUGAAUCUAAACUUCUAUCUGCGUCAAUUAAAAGUCACGACAGUGCCGCCGCAGCCGUUCAAGAACGUGCAGAUCAAGCUUGCUAGUCAGAACGUCCACGCUACUGUACAUGAUGUGUUAACUUCGUGCAGCCUUCCCACUGACCAUCUUGAUUCGCUCAAUCCGAAACCGCAAUGGAAAUCGGCCAGUCGCAAGCCGGAGCACAGGCAGUCGCCGACGUCUGCGAAGUACGAAUACGAGCCUCCCGUGGACGAUGACUUUUUUGCUCGUCACGAGUGGACCGUGGACGGCCGCCCCAGCUAUAAUUUGGGACGGUUCUUACGCGACAACGUUCACACGGCUCGUGAACGAUCGGCGCUGAGCAGCCCCGCUCGAGCAGAAGCGUUUCGCCUGUCUAAGGAGACGGUGACCGAGCUGGGUCUCGAAGACCUGCGUUGGGAAUGUGACUGGGGCUCUGGUCACUAUCGCGGAUCUCUCGAGAGCUUCCGGCGACUGUGCCAACAGCACCCCGAAGUGGCGGCCAGCUUGCGCGGCCGCACGCUGAUACUUGGGAGAACAACGGGCGUCUCGCUUGACGGGCACGUCGUACUGAGCAUCGAGGAUGUACGCCACAGCUGGCUGUCGCUGCUGCGCUCGCUGGCCCGCUACGACGCAUACGUGAGGCUGGUGCCACCCGCUGAGCGUGCCCUGUCCGAGACGUUGCGCGGGAUUCGUGUCGAGCACCGUAGGUUCAAGCCAGCAGUAGCAGCCAAGGCAUAUGUGCAGCAGCUGAGCAAGCUAACCGUGGCACUCCAUCGACACAUCUGGAUCAAGGGCCUCCCUAGAGACUGGCCAGCACGUCUCACAGACCACCAGUUGGGCGUUGAAUGUGAGGCAGGCCCUCUGAUGCUGUCGCCUACGGGUCAGUUCUUGGCUCCAGCCUCCUGCCCACCAGCACUUCUCCUGGAUUUUGUUGGUUCACAGUUGUACACGGCUGAGCAGAGACGCCUCCUUUACAGAAGCCAGCGGCGCUUUGAAACACAGUUGCAUCAGCUCUGUAUCGAAACACUCAACCUGGAGUCACUUUCCAAAGAGGAUGAUGUUACGCCGGACCGGAUGGUGCUUUGCUGCGAGCGGCUCCUCAGGGCAGCAUUGUGGCUAGAACCACUGCUGAGUGGCUGUCGUCUCCAUGUGUCUCACUACUGCUCCGUCCUGCAAGAUGGCCUUAUCUGUCUACCUUGGGACUGGCAUGAGUAGUAGGAAUGGCUUUUGCUUACGUACCGGCCGAUAGACCACAGCAUGUGUCACAGCAAAUGCCAGAGGAGUGAGAAUGACAGUGUAAGCUGUCAUGAAUCACUGUUCUUGCUUGAAAUCAUUGGGCAAACACUCCAUAUUUGGAAGUGAAAAAAAAGCACAACUUCCAGUAAGUGCUUUCAGCCACAGUUCUAAGUGUGAAUAGGUUGCACAUGUGCUGUGUAAGUGUGCCAAGGUUAGUUUGUAAUUAAGCUGUACAAACACGCAAGAUAUAGUUGAGGAUCUGUGUUAUGAAUAUUGUACUAUCAGAAUGUUAACACAUGAACAUGUGCCACAGGAAUAUGAGAGACACAUGCAACGAAAGUAUGAGGCUUCUCAGUUGAAGAUUGCCAGCUAUGUAAGGCCAUAUGGAAAGGGUGCCUCAAAGAGAGUUUCCAAACCUUCAAGGAUUGUUUGUGUGCACUAUACAAGGUACCACAGUCAGGACAGGUAGGUAUCAUACGUGAGCUUCUUUGUGGAUAUGCCUGGGUCCACACCUGUGUAUGGGUAACCUUGCUCUUGUUUGUAUCCUACUUGCAUUUGCUCUUCAAGGAUCUCUAAGCAGGCUGGACAGUUUGAAUUUCCUGCCCAUGCUUUCUCUAUGAGCAGCAGCAUCAGCCCUUGUCCCUCUGGACACAAACUUAUUUAGGUUUGAAGUGCUCUCUGAAGCUGAUAACAUGAGCCCAUGAAACUCCUUGAGCUGGCACAUGGAGUGAUGGUGUUAAAGAGCACUUAAUAGUCAUGCAGCAAAAGCAAAAACUGCCACAGUCACGUCUCUGUGAACGUCUGCAGAGAUUUUUUGCAAGUGCAAGUGAGGGUUAAUAGUUCAUGGGGUUUUACACGUUAUAAAGCUGCAGUUGUGUACAGGGUGUAAGAACGAAAUGUCUCUCGUUCUGGUUUUAGUUUCGUUCCACUAAAAAAAGUUCUAUUCUGGUCCUGCUCCAGAAAAAAAAGAAAGAAAGAAGUAACGGUAAAAAUUUUUGAAGCAGAGUAACAAUAAAAACAUAGUAUUUGU